AUGUUGGCGUUGUUCGGUCUCAAACAACCAGAGUACCCAAUUUUUGGAAGGAUGAUUGAUAAUUCCGCGAAUGUCUUGGGGGUGAUUUACUACAAUUGUCAUUUUGUGCUGGCGAAGGACGACUACCAGUCAUGGCAGCGCCCAGUCACGACGACGGGAUACAACCCAGAUCCCACCAAAAUGAUGAAAGUCGCACAGUGGAUGGGCACCCGAGACAUCAAAGUAGGCGCUGUACCCAAGCCCAAAAUCACAGACCCUAGCGACGCCAUCGUCCAAAUCACCCACUGCACAAUCUCCAGCUCCGACCUACACAUCUACGAAGGCAAGCUCGACAACGCAAUGGAAAAAGGCGAUAUCCUCGGCCAAGAAGCCAUCGGCCUCGUCGACGAAGUCGGCCCCAACGUCAAGACCCUCAAACCCGGCGACCGGGUCAUCAUCCUACCCGUCAUCGCCUGCGGCAGCUGCCCCCACUGCCAACGACAAGAAUACUCGCUCUGCGACCAGACCAACCCAUCCGCGGAAAUGGAAGCCGCAUACGGGUAUCGUCUCGCCGGGAAAUUGGGCUAUGGCCGCCUUUGCGGCGGGUAUCAAGGCAACCAGGCGGAGUACUGUCGCGUCCCGAACGCGGAUUUAACGUGUGUUAGGGCGCCGCAUCAUCUCGAUGCGCGGAAAUUGCUUGGGUUGACGAAUGUUGUUACCACGGCUUGGCAUGCGCUCGAAUUGGCGGAGGUGCAGACUAACGAUGUCGUUGGUGUUUGGGGAUGUGGGCCUGUGGGUCUGGCUGUGCAGCGACUGGCGAAGCUCCGUGGGGCGAAAACGGUUUAUGCUAUGGAUCGAGAUCCGCAGCGGUUGCGGAUUGCGGAGGGGUUUGGCAUGACGUCUGUUGAUAUGGGGGCGCGUUCGGAUGUGGGGGAGUAUAUUUUGUCGAUUCAAGACCAGGGUCUUGAUAGGUCGAUUGAGACUGGUGGCGUUUGGAAUCUGCGGGAGCCUCAACAUGCUUGUUCCCCGAUUGGGCUUGAAGGAAAAUGUGAGGAUGCGCUGGCAGCUAUUAUUAAGGCUACCCGGAAGGGUGGGAAUGUUGCUUUGAUGGGGAAUAUGCUCUUCGCCACACAUGAUUUCCCGAUUGGGUCUUUGAUGCAGAAAGCCUUGACGGUGCGUGGUGGCCAGACGUGGCCGCAAAAGUAUUAUCCAUAUCUCAUGGACCUGGUAGUCGAGGGAACAAUUGAUCCUUCGUGGAUGUUCACAUAUGAGGACGAGUUCGAGAAUAUCGCGGAUCUAUAUCAGAGGGUCGCCCAGCGUCAGAUCCCCGGUGGGCUCAAGGUCUUCCUGGUGACUGCUUUUGGACGUAGCGAGCAGAUGCGAAAGUCGCGCCAGAGCCCUCCCGGGAAUCUACACUCCACACACUUCUUCAUCAUGUUCCCCCCACCACCAGCUGACAUUGAUUGGAACAAUCUUGGCUUCAAAGUAAGGGACGGCAACGGCCAUGUGGAAAUCCACUUCUCCCACAGUGGAGAUAACAAGUGGUCACAACCGCAACUCGUCGCCUCACCCUUCAUAGCCGUGCAUGGGAUGGCGCCUGGCCUCAACUACGGCCAGCAAGUCUACGAAGGACUCAAAGCCUUCCGCCACCCAGGCAAUGACAAGAUCACUAUCUUCCGACCGGACCGCAACGCCAAGCGCAUGCAGCAUUCCGCCGAAGUGGUCUCCAUCCCACCCGUUCCGGAAGAUCUGUUCAUCGAAUGCGUUCGGCUGGCUGUCGGUGCAAACGCGGAGUAUGUACCGCCCCACGAGUCCGGUGCGGCAAUGUAUGUCAGACCUAUGCUCUUUGGAUCCUCUGCGCAGCUGGGAUUGAGCCCACCAGAUAAAUAUACACUAGCGGUGUUUGCCAUGCCGACUGCUGUUUAUCACGGAGCUAGUGCCGUCGACGCGCUGAUUCUCGAGGACUUCGAUCGCUGUGCGCCGCAUGGAACUGGUGAUGCUAAGGUUGGCGGAAACUAUGCGCCGGUUGUGCGACACAGUGAACGGGCCCGUCGUGAAGGGUUUGGAAUCACGCUUCAUUUGGAUAGUGCGACUCGCAGUGAGGUUGACGAGUUCUCGACAUCUGCUUUCAUUGGAGUGAAGCGUGAUGGUGAUCAGGUUACUGUAAUUCAGCCGGAUAGCCGGCAUGCGAUUGACUCGGUUACGGCGGCAUCGGUGUUGGAGAUUGCGCGUACGUUGGGAUAUCGGGCGGAGAAGAGACGGGUCUCUUAUGAGGAGCUGUGCGAGUUCGAUGAGGUUAUUGCUGCGGGCACGGCGGCGGCGUUGGUGCCUGUGGGUAGUAUCACGAUGCGAUCCCGCGGCGAUAAGUUUGAGUAUCGUUGUGGGACUGGAAAGGAAGGUGGUGAGGUUUUUGCUAAGUUGCUGCGGACACUUCGGGGUAUACAAUCUGGAAUAAUUGAGGAUAGCUUGGGUUGGAAUUUCGAGGUGCAGGCACCACCAAAGGGUUGGUUACAGCAAGGACAGGAGAAGAUCGAACAGAAUGGUGCCAACGUGCCUUGA